GAAACUGUCUAUUUCAAAUCAGCAUAACAACGCCUUAUAAACUACCGACACUGAAACUCGAUCUCUCGACAUCUCCUACCAACUGGGGCGUGAGUAAGACCUCGAGGUUCUGAGGGAGCAGACAUGUACUGGGGGCAGGAUUGUAUCGGGAGUAAUGGAAACAACCAACUUAUCACGUUUUGUCAUCAGAUGUCAGAUGCUAGCCACUUUUUACAAUUAUUCGUUUUCCCGGGGGUUAUGUUAACUGACGGUAGACCAACCACAGUUUACUCAAGCAUAUUAACUCAAUCAUCUGAAGUCAUAAACGUAUAUUAUUCCGCCAACAAUUACGUCUGUGACGUCACGACUGACCUUAUUACAGCCGAUUGAUACUUGUGAUUAGCCCGCGGAUGGGAAUUGGAAGUAGUGCGGUAAUCGACCGUACACCUGUGUGAGGUGUUAGCCGCUUGUGUAUCGCGUGCUGAUAGUAUACAAUUUACCUACAUAUAGGUUUGUAGGACGUGAUACACAGUCCGCUGCUAAAGGUAGGACGAGUCCCGACGAUAAAGCGACUUCUGUAAUCAGCGGUGGUGACGAUACGCUUGACUGGAGACAUCACUAUAGAUAGCUGUCAUCACUCCGAUCAGCGGACAUUUACAGUGUCGCCGAGCAAGGGAUGACACAGGAACUCUUCAAUAUUAUGUAACUAUCGACAGAGUCAUCAACGUCAACAUCCAUCAGACGCUUGAUUGGUCACACUUGGUGUUUAUUUGAAAACAAACGCCCUUUUGACAUUGGUGAUCAAGCAUGCCAUUGUUUUAUUACCGAUAUUUCCUUUGGAUGAGGCAGUGAUGUCAACAAUAACUGAGCGCUGUAGAACCACGGCAUGUGGGAGAGCAUCUGGUUAAGAUUUAUCAUAAAGUGUAGUCUGAGCAGGAAACAUGGACAGUAUGGUUCUUAUACCGAUAAUGGUGCCACUUCCGGUUGCGCUGACGGUGGUAUGUACUUCCGUUUUAGCUGUCAUGCUGUAUGUACGCUCACUAUUCUCUUCCAUCGAUACGCUACCUAAGUUGUUCUACAAGGAAUCUACUCUCAACACACACCUCCUCAACAAAUCCUCCAUAAUGAGGCGACCCUUUCGACCCAGCUACUGGCUGAAGAAUCGUCACGUGCAGACAAUCCUAGGCUGUGUACGGCCUCAGUGUAUUGUCCACUACGAACGGGAGUAUCUCCAGCUCUCAGACAAAGGAGUUGUCGCCCUGGACUGGGUCAUCGGUACAAAUUACGUCAUAAGACGAAACAGUCCGAUUUGUAUUGUGUUCCCGUCACUUACUGGUGACGCUAACUCGGUCUCAGAUCUGUGUGGAUGUUCUGCGCGUAAAGGAUUCAGAACUGUUGUUUUCAACAGCCGUGGACAUGGCAACAGUUUCCUAACAACAACAAAACUCCAGAGUUUUGGAGAUCCUCUUGACGUUAGACAGACAGUGUUGUAUAUCCAUCAGAAACACCCACGUACCCAAAUCGUAGCUAUGGCUAUGGGAUCAGGGUCUACAGUGUUGUUCUCCUACCUCGGGGAGUACGGGUCUUCUACACGACUUAAAGCCGCCGCCUUCGUAUCACCGGUGUAUGACGUCACACAGUCACUUAUUCGUGGAAUAUCCAAGUUUUAUGAAUUUUUCCUGUUAUCGAAAUUAAAAUUGAUGUUGUUUACACAUGCACACGCGUUAUCAGAAGUUGUGGACAUUGGCAGAGCUAUGUUGUCCUGGAAUAUGUCUACCUUUCAGAAGUAUGUCUAUUGCCGUGGUAACGAGUCACAUGACCAGUUUCUGGAGAGGAAUGAUCCGAUGCGUGACGUGGACGAUAUCUCAGUUCCUGUCCUCUGUGUGAGUAGCACUGACGAUCCUGUCUGUAAACACAGGGACACACCAUUCGACAUCUUUCAGUUUUAUCCAAAUAUGUUGCUAGUGGCAACAGAACAUGGCGGCCAUUGUGGUUUCCUAGAAAGCAUACAUAGACCUGCGUGGACCGAUAAAUUAUCGGUGGACUACCUUGCGUCUGUGUUGGAGUUUUCAUCUAAGGGUUAUGAACAUUCAGGUUAACUUCCAAUUAAUGUUCGUAUCAAACGUUAAGUAUAAUAUUGCUUGUUUUAAAUGUGUUAGAAGUAUUCGGUAUAUGCGACGUGUGUGUGACGUAAUGUGUCACGUGAACCAUCAGAAAAUGAACUUUAUCAUAAACUGUGAUACGUUCUUGUUAGUUUUGUCAGAACGAAAUAAAACACCUUGGUUAUA